UGGACCCUGGGCUGGGCCGAUCGCUGGGGGAGGUGGCGGGAAGGGGUCGCGCUUCCGACCUUCCUCCUGGGGCGCGCGGCGCGCUAGCGUCCGGAGGCGCGACCCCGCCGCUGGGGGGGGACCUGCCGGUGGCCGCGGCGUCGCGGACGGGCGGGAUGUUCCGGGGUCUGGGCAGCUGGCUGGGCUUGAACCCGCCGUCCGAGGGGGCCGGGCCUCCGGAGGGCGAUGUCCCGCCGGAGCCGCGCUCCCUGGACGGGACUGAGACGGCGGCCGACGGGCCCCCGCAGCCGGAGAUGGACCAGGACAUCCUUCACCAGGCCAAAGGCCUUGGAAGCUAUCUAUUUAACUUCGCUUCUGCCGCAACAAAGAAGAUCACGGACUCUGUUACCGAGACAGCACAGACCAUUAAGAAAUCGGUGGAAGAAGGAAGGAUAGAUGGCAUCAUUGACAAGACCAUCCUAGGUGAUUUCCAGAAGGAACAGAAAAAAUUCCUGGAAGAACAGCAUACCAAGAAGUCAGAAGUCGCUCUGCCCCCGUGGGUCGACAGCCACGACGAGGAAACCAUUCAGCAGCAGAUCCUGGCUUUAUCGGCGGACAAGAGGAAUUUUCUCCGUGAUCCUCCGGCUGGCGUGCAGUUUACCUUUGACUUCGACCAAAUGUACCCAGUCGCCCUGAUCAUGCUGCAAGAGGACGAGCUGCUGAGCAAGAUGAGAUUUGCGCUCGUGCCCAAACUAGUGAAGGAAGAAGUCUUCUGGAGGAACUACUUUUACCGAGUCUCCCUGAUCAAGCAGUCGGCCCAGCUCACGGCCCUGGCCGCGCAGCAAGCCGCCAAGAAGGACGAGAAGGCCCAGGACGGACAGGACACGGCGCCACUGACAGAGGCAGUACGGCCCAAAACCCCGCCCGUCGUUAUCAAAUCUCAGCUUAAAACACAAGAGGAUGAAGAGGAGAUCUCCACCAGCCCUGGCGUGGCCGAGUUUGUCAGCGACGCCUUCGACGCGUGCAGCUUCGAUCAGGAGGACCUGAAGAAGGAGAUGGAGCAGCUGGUGCUGGACAAGAAGGAGGGGGAGACGGCGGCCCUCGAAGAAGACUCCGCAGACUGGGAAAAGGAACUGCAGCAGGAACUUCAAGAAUACGAAGUAGUCGCAGAAUCAGGAAAAAAAGAUGAAAACUGGGAUAAGGAAAUCGAGGAAAUGCUCCAGGAGGAAAAUUAACUCUUUCCUGAGUUAAAAGCAUAAUCCAUAACAUUCUGUAACUGACACCUGGACAUUGAUUAAAUCAAAAGGCACAUGUAUAAUUCCAAAUUAUUCUUUUUCCAAGCUAAAGCUGACUCUUAUAUGUAAAAAUAUAUAUAUAAUGAAUACAGUUAUUCUAAUCAGAGGGAUGCAUUAUAUAAUAUUUCUUUAAUUUAUCUGGUUAGAGGUGCUCAUAUAGUUGGAAUAAGCAUCUUUUUUUGGGGGGGUGGGUCAGAAGUUUGGGCCACAUCCAGCUGUUUUCAGGGCUCGCUCCUGGCUCUGUGCUAAGGGAUCACUCCUGGCGGUUCUCAGGGGACCAUAGACAGUGCCAGGAAUCAAACCUGGACCAGCUGCGCGCGAGGUCAUCGCUGUGCCCUGUAUACUAUCUCUCUGGCCCUGGAAUGGAUAUCUUUGCCACAGAAACACAAGUAAAGUUUUAGAAUUCUUUUUCUGUGAGGUUAAAAAUAGAAUUUGUUCUUCCCUUGUAGAUUUCUAAUUGUUCUGAGUACAUUUUUUAUGGACGCACAUACCUUAAAGUACUGAAUGAAUUGUUCUCAAGUUGACCAAAUUGUACCAAAGAACUUAAGAGGAAGCACUUUUCAGAACUAUUUUCCUGCUAGGUGUUUUCUAAAAUUCCAGCUGAUAGAUGAGAUAAACUAAUUACUCUGAUCUUGGUUUAAACCUAGCACAAUUUGACAGAAUUGCUGUGCAAAUGAUUUUUUUUUCCUCUGGGGACUCUUCUUUCUUGUUUUUGAACUAACAUUUGAUAAUGUUACUCCUAACCUUUGCAGCAGGAUUUUGUACAAAGCAAGGCCUUUUAUCCUUUUAGCAAUAAUGGCCUUAGAAGCCCACUCACAGUCGUCUUCCACGUGUUUAAAUCGCCAGCACAUAAGAAUGUUUUAGCUUUCGUCUGUCUUAAAUCAUGCAUCUGUAUAAGAGAUACAGUUUAGGGAACUUAAUUGACACAACCCUAUUUGUAUUCUGGGACUCCAGUCGCCCUGAGUCCAUGGAAUAUGGUUCUUUUUAAAAGUGCUUUGGCCCAGUGGUAGAAUAUAAGGCUUUGGGUUCUGUCUCUAGCACACACAAAAAAAAGUGAUUUAAUGUCUGAAUAUUCCUAAGACAUUUGCUUCUCAAACCUUUUACAGUUUUCAAGGAUCCCUUCUUUCUGUUCUUGGCCCCAUAAAAAGUAGUCUAUGGUGGGGCCGGAGCCAUAGCACGGCGGGUAGGGCGUUUGCCUUGCACGCGGCCGACCGGGGUUCAAUCCCCAGCACCCCAUAUGGUACCCCAGGCACCGCCAGGAGUAAUUCCUGAGUGCAGAGCCAGGAGUAACCCCUGAGCAUCGCCGGGUGUGACCCAAAAUGCAAAAAAAAAGUAGUCUAUGCUCCUUUGACAGAGGUAUAGUUAAAAAGAACCAGAGGUUUGUGUUUAAGCAAACUUGAGUAGGUCGUUCGGGCCUGGGCUCUAGCCAUGUAUUCUGUGAAACCACGCACCCCGUCAACAGAGAUUUCCACAUGUGGCGCCAUCACUUGCAGAUUACUGAAUUCAAAUCCAGAAAUGCCAACUGGCAACUGAAAUAAUCCCAUGGAAGGUAGAAGUUUUUUGCUGUUUUGAAUAAGAAUUUGUGGGGGGGGAGGGGGCACGGGCAGGGAGGGGAGGGAUGGAAUUAUGUUCAAUAAGUAGCUGAAAACCCUAGAUGUAAGCAGACCAGGUUACGACUGCUUGCUCUCAGUCUUACACUAAAAUGUAAUGGUGAAUGUUGAAUAAAUAUGGAAGAGUCAAAAGGUUCAGAGAAAGUUGAAAAACUGUCGUUUUUACAGGAUGUUCUUAACUGUGCACUGCCCCAUGAAAAUCAAAAGGGUAAAAUAAGAUUUUCUACACAGCAUAAAAAAGACUUAUGCUAUAUUUGUAUGGAUCCAUCAAGAAGUAAAAUGUCUGAUUUUGUAAGCUA